UACGCAACAGCGAGAAGCGGGGAUAAAUACGAGCUGCACUCGGGCCGGGAGACGAGAGCAAAGCAAGGAACUGGGAGAGCACACUGGAACCAGUCCGCUGAAGACCACACCGAGACCCAGACGAAGACCAGACCACGACCCACCUGAAGACUAAACUAAAAACGCAUCCACCUCAAGACCUCAGACCAAGGAGCCCGUGACCACAGCGACCCGAGGAGAAGACCCAACGGACGUCCGGCAGAGAACCAUGGAGCGCGCCUUCCUCCUCCUGGCGGUCGUCGUCGCCGGCAGCCUGUGCCAUGAAAACAACACGUCCUGGGGCCGCGGCGCCAGCCUGGCCGUCUGCCAGCCCGACAGCUGCGCCCUGAUCAGCGAGCUGUCCGCCCUGCGCGAGCGGAUGGACAGCGUGGUCCGCGUGCAGCACGACCUGCUGGACACCGUGCGCACGCUGGUAAAGGAGGCGGCCACCAGCCAGGCCCAGCAGGGGGUCAGCAGCCGCGAGACGCUGGAGCUCCGCAAGCUGAACCAGGAGCAGGGCCAGGAGCUCAAGACCAUGCGGGCCAGCAUGCCGUCGGCGGCGCCCCGCGUGGCCUUCUCGGCGGCGCUGGGCGACUCGGUCGGCCCCUUCGACCACGACACCACGCUCAAGUACCAGCGCAUCCUCUCCAACAUGGGCAGCGGCUACAACCCGGCCACGGGCUCCUUCACCGCCACGGUGCGCGGCGUGUACUACUUCAGCUACACCAUGUACAACAACAACUCGGGCCAGCCCAGCUCGGUGGUGUCCAUGAUGAUGAACAGCCAGAGGAUGGUGUCCACCUGGGACACCGAGGGCGACGACAGCCACGACAGCGCCACCAACGCCGCCGUGGUGCAGCUGGAGGCCGGCGACAGCGUCUACAUCCUGCUGUACGCCAACCGCAUGCUCUACGACGACGGCUACUACUACAACACCUUCAGCGGCUUCUUGCUCUUCCCCAUGUGAGGCCCCGGCGGCCGUCUGGUGAGGUUUGAGGGAUGAGGCCAGUGGGAUUGGCAGGACUUGAUGGUGAUUGGUUGAAAGCAGGGGUUGGCUGGAUUCGAUUGUUGUUUUGACAGAAAUAUAUAUUUUUAUAGAUUUGCAAAUGAUUAUUUUCCUGCCUCUUCCUGAUCCUUUAAUACAAAUAAAAUAAUAUCUAAUAUAUGACAUUACCACUGUGUGAUGGUGUGAAUUCUUUACAGAGAGAGAGAGAGAGAGAGAGAGAGUGAGAGAGUGAGAGAGAGAGCGAGAGACACACACA